AUGCCCGCUCCUUCAGGAUCUAGCAGAUCAAAUCUUCAUAUGGGCAGAAAGGGAGGUUCGGUCCAUUUCAGCAACCCAUCUAAAGGGGUCUCAGAACUCGAGAGCCGACUUCCUAAGCCGUCACAGGAUAGACGCGGGAGAAUGGAAUCUGAACAAACAGGUCUUCAGACAGGUCUGCCAGCUAUGGGGUUAUCCAGAAAUAGACCUCUUCGCAUCCAGGGGAAAUUCUCAACUGGACUGUUUUUACUCACUAAACCCCAGCGAAAACCCAGUGGCAGUAGACGCCUUAGCCCAGAAUUGGGACAUGAAACUGGCCUACGCUUUUCCUCCUUUUCCCCUAAUCCCGGCAGUCCUAAAGAAGAUGAGGACCAGUACCACCACUCUGAUCCUGGUCGCACCAGACUGGUCCAAGAGAGCUUGGUAUCCCAUCUUGAGGGAAAUGUCGAUCAAAGACCCGUACCCCCUUCCAGACAGGAGAGGUCUGUUAACGCAGGGACCUCUGGAGCAUCCCAAUCUCAACAAGCUGAGACUGACUGCUUGGAUCCUGAGAGGCAAACCCUGAGGAAGAAGGGUCUCUCCAAUCAGGAGGAGCGGUUCCACUGUCUUGAUGUAAGAAGAACGGUCCUCGCCUACAUCAAGCGGACAAAAUCCUGGAGAAAGUCAGCGAACCUCCUCAUCCAAUUCGGUGGUAGGAACAAGGGAAGCAAAGCCUCAAAAACCUCUUUAGCCCGCUGGAUCAAGGAGACCAUCAGGGAAUGUUAUAGACUGCAGAGUUCAUCCUGCCCCAUAACGUUGAGGGCUCAUUCCACCAGAGCCAUGUCCGCAACCUGGGCGGAGAAGGCUGGAGCUUCCAUCGACCAGAUCUGCAGAGCGGCAACCUGGUCCUCCUCCACUACCUUCGUCAGACACUACAGACUGGACUCUAUGGCCAAUCAGGACUUGGCUUUUGGCCGUAAGGUCCUGCAAGCAGUGGUCCCCCCCUAAAUGGCGUUCUAAGUUGUUAGUUCUCCAUGGGUGC